UGCCUCCAGUGAGGAGAGGUUUUAUGUGCAAUGCUUCGUCAGUACUGUUAGUGAAUUUUCAACCCACAAACCAAAGGUCAUUGCUUCCCUGAUAACAUUAAAGAUAGUCUGGUGCAGUGUGUCACAUUAAAGUCAAUGAGGCAGUUAUAACAUUGGAAAAAUUACCCCAGUGAAAGGAAAACUAUUUGUAACAUGAAUCUAACAUUUUCUAGUGUUUGAAAUAUAAACGAGAACCAUACCUCAUUGUUUUAAAGACAUCUUUCAUGAUAAUGUAUUAUGGACUGGAUAGGGUUACAACUCAGAUUGCUGAUAAUACAUUAACACAUAGUUAUAUGACCAGCAACACCUGAAUUUAUUAUACACUGGCCCUUUUAAAAAAACAAACAAACUAAAAAAAUACUUUCUAUUGGUUAACACUUGGGGAGGUGCCGAGGCCAGUAAGGAUCCACUCAUGGAGAGACUCAGUGUUUACUUUUUCAUAAUGGCUACAAGUUUGCGUUGGCCUGAGGUGAGACUGUCACGGAUUCAGUCAUGUUUGAGCUUUAGUUACAUGCCCAGAGGGGGGGCGGUUUGCUCAGAGAUUAAGCUGCGGGGGACAUAUGUGGAGCUGUUUGGAGAGGCCUAAUUGGAUAUCUGGAUUUUUAUAAUGGUCUCAGGAAGAUUGUUAAUAUCAUGAAUGAGAAAAGCACCUCAAUUAUAAACCGUCAGGGCAAUUUUUUGGACUCUGGAACUCUGAUGGACUCCAAUGUGUCAUCCAAUGCCACUCCACCAUGAAAUUACCAUCCCUGUCCUGGCAAUUCUGCGGACUUGUCUGUGCCAGCGCUUUAACUUCCUUGGUCAUUCUGAAGCUGCUUGCCUCCAUCACGCAAGAGGGGUCAGUUGUCUUUAAGCAUUGGGAUUCCAGGGGUAAUCCAGCCACACAUCCGGAGGAUCGGCUACGGUCGCGGCACAAGGGAAGGGGCAUCAGCUUUGAGCAGCUUCAGAGGGCCGAUCAGAAGCCGCCCGACUGCCCCAGGGAUCUGCUGGUGGUGAUUCUGGUCACGUCAGCCCCCUGGCACUCAGAACAGAGGGACGCUAUCCGCAGCACAUGGGCCCAGAAGCGGGAGGACACAGACUACCCCUGGCAAGUGGUUUUCCUCAUUGGGCAGCCCCUGGAGUUAGGCCUCUUUCCACACAUAGCUCAGGAGCAGCAGGACUACGGGGACAUACUGCUGGGAAACUACGUGGACUGCUACCGCAACCUCACGCUGAAGGUCAUGCACGGCCUGUGGUGGGCGGCGGACAACUGCGGAUCUCGGUUUGUUCUGAAAACAGACGACGACUGUUUCGUGAACACGUAUCACCUCCCCCGCUACUUGGCAGAGUUUAACAAGGUCCGGACUGGGCUUUAUGUCGGCUCUGUGUUUCACCUGGGAAGAAGGCAUGUCAUCAGGGACCAACGCAGUAAAUGGUAUGUCUCUAAAGAGGACUUCAGGGAGCAGGAGUACCCCCCGUACGCCAGUGGGAUCGGCUAUGUCCUCUCCCAUGACGUGGUGUGGAAGCUGGUAGACGAGGCGAAGGACGUGCCGCCCGUGCCCAUGGAGGACACGUACGUAGGCAUCCUGGCACGAGAGGCCGGAGUGUCAGUGAGAGACAGUGGCCGCUUUGCCAAGAACAAUGCGAACUGGAGGGUGUGUAACUACAGGUAUCUCAUGGUCAUCCAUCACCUGGAUGCCAGGCAGCUGAGGGAGGCCCAGCAGAGCAUGCUUAAAGCCCGCACUGCCUGCAACCAAACAAAAGAAAUCACCAGCUGGAAAUGAAGUGGGCCUCCACCCCAUCAAUUUGUCCUGUCUUCUCCCUACUGCUAAAGCAUGCACACACACACACACACACACACACAC